AUGAGCGACAAGAACAACAACAACAAUGAGGCCUCGACAAAAACAUCGCGACAGAAAUUUAAGUCCUUGAUGCAGAGAUUCAAGCAUUCCAGUGAUGAAGUCGAUGUGGAGCCAACGAUUAAUCAAAAAGCGAAAGGAGGCGGAUGUAUUGUCAGAAAGAGUGAAGUGAGUUUGAUAACAACAUUGUUUACAAACGUUUAAGUAACUUUGUCAACUAUUGCAAGAUAACUUGUAUAUACCAGAAAGAUUUUUAAUUAAACUAUAAAGUUAACAUUUCAACUCCUUACGCCAGAAAAUAACUACAACUUUAUAAAAUUAGUAAAAGUCAACGUUCUGUUACCUAAUUUAGAAAAAUGUAAAAUAAUGGCGCUAGGAGAAAUGCGGUUUUUGGACAUUUGCGGAUCUGCGGUUUUUAGACACUUGCGGAUCUUCGGUUUUUGGACACUUGCGGAUUUUAGACAUUUGCGGAUUUUUUAAAGGGGUUUCUUUUAUUUUUUAGUUAAUUUAGUUGUAUUAUGGUACUAAAUGGUACUAAAGUGUAAAUUGGUACUGUUUUAAUAUGUUUUAGUGCUAAAUAGUACUAAAUUUUAAAUUGGUACUGUUUUAUAUUUUUUGGUACUGAAUGGUACUAAAAGCCCAAAAAGGUACUGUUAUGUUAAAACCGCACCAAUUUAAACUUUAGUACAAUUUAGUACCAUACUACAACUUAAUUAACUAGAAAAUAAAAAAAAAACCUUUAAAAAAUCCGCAAAUGUCUAAAAUCCGCAAGUGUCCAAAAACCGCAUUUGUCCUAGCGCCAAAAUAAUAAACCAAAGUAUUUCAAAUAAUCGCAAAAAAAGAUUUUUUUAGGUUUAUAGAGCGACCCGGAAGUCGACAGAAGAAUCGAUGAGCAGAAGUAGACGACGUCGAAUCAGUGGCCCCACCUUAGAUACACAAUCUGUAAGAACAGCUUCAAUUUCAGCUCCACCCCCUCCUCCACAGCCUACAGAAAAAACGUAAGUGGUACCGUAAUCUCCUUACUAUAUUGUAAUUGAAAACCAUUUUAUUUGCAAUUUUGCACUUUUUGUCAAAAAUAAACUUGAGGUAUUAGUUUAUAUUAUUCAAUGUAAUCAGGGGCGGGCGGGGACUUUUGGUCUGGGGGCGGGGGUCGAAAAAACAGCACAGGUAGCUAGCCGAUUUUUCGCAAAAAUUUUUUUUAGAAAAUCAACAGGGGGGACCACGUUCUACUUUUUUCAAAAAUUUUCUUCUGGGGGGGGAACCCCCCCCAGCGCCCUGCCCUGCUUGUAAUGUUAGUCUUUGCCUAUUUUAAUGAAAUACUCAAAGCUUACUGUAACAUUUCAGUGGAAUAGAAGAAACAGAAAAAACGGAAAAAACAGCGGCUGAUGCAGAUUUAACAACUAAGGUAAGUUAGUCAUAUAUGUUACAGUACCCAUUUUAAUAAAAAAUAACUUGAGGUUUCAGAGCUGUAGGACCAAAACUAGCGACGACGAAAACCGGUUUGACUCAAUGGCGCAAAGUGAGUAUAUUAUUACAACUUUUAAAAAAAUUUCAAAAACAGUACUGUUGAAGUAGUUUUGAACCAAAUCAUCAAAAUUUGUACCACAGUUUUUAAGCAUAAUGCGAAUUACGUAACAAGAGCUGUUUCAGGUAUGACGAGAACCUGGAAGAAGGUUCGAACUAAGAGCCAGGAGAAGUUCAGAGCUGUGAAAACCUUCAUCAGUGCACCACUCAAAGAAAAGGGAAUGCAGAGAAUGCUGGACAGAGUCUCCCGACGACACAAUCAUGCAGUAGGUGUUUCAGCACACGUCAAAAAUACCUUUAUCAAAAUGUUUGAUUCUACGCAUAAGAUUGGAAAUUACAAUAUUUGAUAGUAACAAAACUAAAGUCCUCUUACAGGAACCUCAAAAAGUAUUAAAACAAGGUGACGAACUAUUUCCUCAACGACAUCCAAGCCAUGCUAACGGAGAGACCGACGUUGACAUUAAGACCGCUGAACAACCACCCCCCGAGAAAUUCGUGGAGUCGCCCACUGAAAAGGAUGCCAAAGCCAAAAUCCCCGAGGCGCCAAAGAGUACCAUUUUCCUGCCAGAUGGUCGCCCCUUCUGGCAACAAAAGAACAAGGGUGACCAGAGUUCGGAAAUGUCCGAAUCCGACCUCACGGACGACGAGCUUCCCAUGAAUGCCGAUAUUAUCAUCAAAGUCAGCGAGGGCAAAGUGAAAUUGGAUACGAUGCCGGCGACCAAGUAAGUAUCAUAACUAAUUAAGGGCUUCUCCGAGUAAUUUAAUACACCUAAAUUUGAUAGUGGGUCUGGUAAGGUUGUCUGUUUACUAAUUUUUGUAGACUUGACGUAUCUUACUUGUUAUUUUAAAAUGUAAAAAUUAGCGUAAAACAAUCAACAAUUAGUGCGCAUAGUUAUUUGUAAAAUUCAUUUUAACUUUAAAUUUACUUCAUGUACAAGGUAAAUACAUUACCCAUAUCCAGGGACGUCGCUACGAAUUUUCUCUGGGGGAGGAGGAGGUCGAAAAAUUUUUUUUCGCAUACAGGUACCUACCUGUGGAAUUUUUUUUCGGAUCGGCUCUGGGGGAGGGGUACCUCCCCCUACCCCCUCCCCCAAACGACGUCCCUGCCCAUAUCAAUAUGCGUUGAUUUCCUAAAAGGAGCACAAGAUGACUAACACAAAAACAUUUACAGACUAGUCCUGAAACCAUUUGGAAACAUUGACGAAAUGAAACAACGCGACAAAAUCUUCUUCAACCGGCCCCUGGUCUUCAGUAACACCGUGAGAAGCAUGGUCAACUUCAUCGACGACGUCUCCAUUGAUUCCAAGAGUACCAGCUCCAGUAGCAGAAGCCUUAGGAAAACAAAGAGCAAACCGACUGUGGAAGAAAAGAAGAAAGGAGCUCCUUCCAAGGCCAAGAUCACCAUUCCAAAUACAAUAUACGAGUACGACUACGACCGCAAAGAUAUUGGAGGAUGGCCUCUGCCAUUCAAACCUUCUCCAGACUCCGAAAAGAAAGCUUGCUCUUGA